CGGCCGCCGCGGCGAGAGCGCGCCCAGCCCGCCGUGAUGCCCGCGCGCGCCGGACGCCUCCUCCCGCCGCGGCCCCGGGCCCCGGCCGCCCCGCUGCUGCUGCUGCUGCUGCUGCUGCUGUUGCUGCUGGACGGCGGGCGCGGGGGCGCUCGGGCCCAGGAGCCGGGGGCGGCGGCGGCGGACGGGCCCCCCGCGGCCGGCGGCGGGGACGGGCAGGACCCGCACGCCAAGCACCUGUACACGGCCGACAUGUUCACGCAUGGCAUCCAGAGCGCCGCGCACUUCGUCAUGUUCUUCGCGCCCUGGUGUGGACACUGCCAGCGGCUGCAGCCUACCUGGAACGACCUGGGAGACAAGUACAACAGCAUGGAGGAUGCGAAGGUCUACGUGGCCAAGGUCGACUGCACGGCCGACUCGGAUGUGUGCUCCGCCCAGGGCGUGCGCGGGUACCCCACCUUGAAGUUUUUCAGGCCUGGCCAAGAAGCUGUGAAAUACCAGGGUCCGCGGGAUUUCCAGGCCCUGGAGAACUGGAUGCUGCAGACGCUGAACGAGGAGCCCCCCACACCGAAGCCCACGGCGGAGCCGCCGCGAGCCCCCGAGCUCAAGCAGGGCCUGUACGAGCUCUCGGCCAGCAACUUUGAGCUGCACGUGGCACAAGGAGACCACUUUAUCAAGUUCUUCGCCCCAUGGUGUGGUCACUGCAAAGCUCUGGCUCCGACCUGGGAACAGCUGGCUCUGGGCCUCGAAAAUUCUGAAACUGUCAAGAUUGGCAAGGUUGACUGCACGCAGCACUAUGAACUCUGUUCGGGAAACCAGGUCCGAGGUUAUCCUACUCUCCUCUGGUUCCGAGAUGGUAAAAAGGUGGAUCAGUACAAAGGGAAGCGGGAUCUGGAGUCGCUGAGGGAGUACGUGGAGUCGCAGCUCCAGAGCACAGAGACGGCCGCCCCGGAGCCCGCCCAGCCCUCGGAGGCCCCCGCGCCGGCGGCCGAGGCCGCGGCCGAGCAGGGCACUGUGCUAGCCUUGACAGAAAGGAACUUCGAUGACACCAUCGCAGAAGGCGUCACCUUCAUCAAGUUUUACGCUCCAUGGUGUGGGCACUGUAAGAACCUGGCUCCUACCUGGGAGGAACUCUCCAGGAAGGAAUUCCCUGGUUUGGCGGAGGUCAAGAUCGCCGAGGUGGACUGCACUGCUGAACGGGGCCUCUGCAGCAAGUACGCGGUACGAGGCUAUCCCACAUUGUUGCUUUUCCGCGGAGGGAAAAAAGUCAGCGAGCACAGCGGGGGCCGAGACCUGGACUCCUUGCACCGCUUCGUCCUGCACCAGGCGAAGGAUGAACUGUGAGCUCGGCUGGAAGCCGCCUCCCGCCUGGCCCUGGACGCGCGGUCCGGUUCCUGGUGCUGGGGACUCGGAGAUCCAAAUGUACUAAACACGUGCUAUCUCCUCCGUGUGUGUGUUUUUUAAGCCAACACACCCUACAGAUUCUUUCCUAAGUUUCUCUAAGUAAAUGUGUAACUCAUGAUCCCUUUGCAAACUAAAUAUUUCCAGUGGCGACGUACCACCCAUCUCCUUUCACGUUCUCUUGGUGAAAUCUAAGUGGUUUCCUUUGAGACUAAAAUAGAAUUGAGGAAAAUCCAAUUGCCAGACUGUUUUUGGCUCCUGAGUGAUUUUGGUGAAAGCAUCAUCCAAAGCAUAGUUUUCGAGCCACCCUCACACGAGUCCUGGAAAGGUGGCCUUGCCUCGUGGUGGUGUGGAGUCGCUCUGAUCUGAAGGUCACAAUCGACUUGUUAAUAACGUGGUUGGUCCGUAGCCUGGAGCAGAUUUAAACACAAAGCCCCGUCGCCUCUGCAAGAGCCCCUUUCCCAGCCCCUCCUGGAUCGUCUGUCUCUGUUGAUACCUCUCACGGCGAGCGGUAGUGACCGUGGCAGAACUCCUGACGCGUGCCUGAGUAAGAUAAAGCUGACGCCAUGAUCGUGUGUCGAUACUUGACCAACUGCUUAUGACUGUCCAAGGGAUGUUUCUGUCCCUCCCGAGUGAGACAGUUCAUUAGUUAACACGAAGCCAGAGUCCACGUGAACUUUGAGAUUUGAUGUCUCCUGUGGAAACUGUGGACGUGGAAGGUUCCACACUUUGUCCUGACUAUUCUAAUUAACUCCUAGCAAGAGUCUGGUUGUCUCGGUCCCCGGGACCGGAGGACCAGAUGAGCUUUCCCAGGGCUGGGUAUCAGGGACUGAGGAAACCCUGCAGCCCCACGACGGAGCCCUCAUCGGAAGCAGCUUCAGACUCAGCAGCCUUUUUAGAGGCCGCGUCCUGUACUUUGUCUGCCUUCGAGGAGGUCAGCCUUCUGUGUGAAGAGUGGGAUUCACGUGACCUCAAGACCAAAGACGGAGGGAGGCAGGGCUGUGUCCGGGCAGAAGCAGGCCAUGUUACCGGCGUCCUCCUAACUCAUGCCGACCUUUUUAGGAAGCGGUUUUACCCUCACCCUUGGAAGUCAGCAGCCGUAGGACUAGGCUCCCGUGAGGUAUGUACCUGCAGGGCCUUAGCCAUCCUUCACUCCCCGUGAUAACACUCUUCACCCCACGCUCAGGCGAUGCGGCCACUUGGCACACAGUACCUGGUGGUGAGAACCUUAGAAACAAGACCCCGUCCGCUUUCUGCGGCAGACGACGACAGCAGGAUCUUGGCCAGCCUCUGCCUUAAAGGAAAUCUUUAUUAAUCACGUAUGGUUCACAGAUGUUCUUUAAAAAAAAAAAAAAAAACACAAAACCCCCAACUUUCUAGAGAAGCACAGUCCUCGUGAGUGGCUUCAGCUUUGCAUCAUGAGUCUUGUUUUAAAAGAAAAUCAAAGUGGUACAAUUUGUUUACACUAUGAUACUUUCUAAAUAAACUCUUUUUUAAAAAAAAAAAA